CGAUCGUGUUCUAUUUUUGAAAGCACAAGAAGUUUGUUUUGCUGUUGCUGACCUUCUUGCAGCUAAAUUUGCUCUUAUGACUGCAGUAAAAGUGGUUUGAAACGUAGUGUGCACUUUCGGUUCACUUGUGAUCUUCCUUGUCUUAUCAGAGCUAAAUUGGGGACAAUCGAGACAAAGAAAAUCUGUGUGCCAAUGACAACGCCUUUACAUAACUGAGCAAAGGUCAUAAAUUCUUGCAUCCAAUAAGGUUUCAAGGAGAGGUGCUAGCAGUGAUAUCACAAAAAAAUGGGACUUUGCCUCAGGACCAGGCCGGCCCCCUACAAUGUCACACUCUGCAGCCAACUAAAUGUGAAGGUUACCACAACUUGAGCAACACAUCGUCUUAUGCUUGGUGGAAUUGAUGGACGUGACACCUGAUGUACUCUGAUCUACUCUGCACGAGACUGAACUUUAGAUUUAAUCAAGAUGAGCACAGAAAGAAGUGAGCAGGUCAUUGAUACCUGCUGCACCACAGUCCACACGCUGGGCAGGCAAAAUGCAAAGAAGGAAAAGAGUCUCCGCUACAUGCAAAAAGAUGGCAAGUUCCCUGUGAUGUUUCAACAGGCCCCUGGAGACUGGAUCACAUAUUGGAUCGACAUCUUCACCAGUCUUGUAGAGAUCCGCUGGAGAAUGAUGUUCCUUAUUUUCUCCCUUAAUAACAUUGUCUCUUGGCUUCUUUUUGGUCUGUGUUAUUGGUUAAUUGCCCAUGUAAAUGGAGACAAUGAUAAUGCAGAUGAUGAUCUCUGUGUUUCAAAUGUGCGCGACUUCACUGGGGCAUUUUUGUUCUCAAUGGAGACCGGGGCGACUAUUGGUUACGGCUACAGGCAUGUAACCGAGAACUCUAUUGUAGCUAUCAUUUUGGUGACGAUUCAAAUUGUGUUUAGCUGUAUUCUUGACACAGUUGUCAUUGGCGUUGUUGUAGCUAAGAUGGCAUCUGCUCGUAAGAGAGCCCAGACGGUGGGUUUCAGCAGAUGCGCAGUGGUCAACUUACGAGACAGGGUUCUGUGCCUGUCAUGGCGCCUCGGGGACUUCAGAGGUAAUCACAUCCUGGAGGGGGUCGUCAGUGUCCAGUUAAUCCGCUAUGUAAAACGGCCAGUGGGGUCAAUUGUAAUCACUUACCAGGACUUAGAUAUAGAGGAAAGGGAGAUUGUCCUUGCCACACCUACCACUAUUAUUCACAAGCUUGAGCCUGGCAGUCCCCUGUACAACAUGGGCCCUGAUGACCUGAUGGACAAUCACUUUGAGCUGGUAGUUUCUUUCACCUACACAGGGGACUCCACAGGAAUACUCCACCAAACACGUGCUUCCUACACAUCAGCAGACAUCCGCUGGGGCCAGCGUUUCCAGGACAUGCUGAAAAUGGGCAAGAAACACUACAAGUUGGACUACAGUCUGUUUAAUGUGACCACAUGGGUGCCGGUGCCUUUCCUCAGUGCAGAGGAAUACGACAGGAGGGGACGUCCUGCAGAUGGCACCACACUUUUACCAAUAGGGAAGAGAAACAGACACAUUGCUCAGGUGAAUCUUAAUAUCAGUGAGGAGAUGAUUCUGCAAACAUUUUUGUAGAUGAAAUGACAAAAGAAAUCAAAAUGAAAUUAAAAUGCAAUUUGCACUGUUCCCAUAAAGAUUCUGUGAUAAGGUGAGCUUUUGUAAAUAUGUUUAUAGCCAAUGUAAAAUCAUGUAGUACAGCAUUCGGAAAUUCAUGUUUGUUUCUGCUAUGUAAAAUGUAAGUGUAAGUAAAAUAAAUAUGGAAAAAUCUG